AUGGAUGAAAUCAAAAAUCAACGCGUCAAUGAAGAUGAUAAAAAGAAAAUUAUUGACAUAUUACGAAGGUUUGAGCAAGAAAACGAUGAAAUGUCGAGAGAGGCAAUGGAAAUGGUGGAUGAAGAUUAUGAUGAUAUUACUAAUCGGUUUAAUGAUUUGGAUAUUGAUUCCGCCGAUGUUGAAACAAUCUGGAGCAAACUGACACCGCAAGAACGAGCAGAAUUUCAACAAAAAUUUGUUGAUGGCAAACCUGAAAACUUUCUGGAACUUAUUGACGAGUUACCAUUAUGGAAACCAUGGUGGGAACAUAGUGGUAAUGACAAGAUAGUAGAAAUUUCACCUCAAGACAAAGAUGAUGAAAUUCAAUUAUCAAAAGAUUCUCAAAAAAAGUUUAAUGACAAUUUAUCGAAGAGACCACAGAUAAUAUCAGAUAUAAAAAGAGUUGAGGUUCUAACAAAGAAACCUCCCAACCCUGCUUUGGCUUUGAACCUUAUAAAUAUUUUGUAUCCUAAUAUUUACGAAUCAAGAUGGAUAACAUAA